AUGGACUCCCCUGAUCGAGCAGCUUUAAUGUUCUUAACUCAAUAACUAAACAGAAAACCUCCUCCUAGCAGAACAAAAAAGGAUCUUUCCCCAUAUUAAGAUUCACAAUAAUAACCAACAAAACCAAGCCAAAACUAAAAGCAAAAUACAAUUAAUUAAAAUUUGAUUGAAUAAGCCAUAAAAGAAUCUUUUAGAAAGUAAUCAGAUCCAAGCUCUAAUGAUGUAAAUAAAAGCAUUGCUUCCUAGAAUGAUGAUCAAAAGAAAAUUUAAAUGAGUAGAAAUGAAGAGAACUAAUCGAUGUCCUUAAGCUCGAUUAAACAUAGUAAAAACAACAGCAAUACAAUGGGCUAGGGAUCUCAGGAUUAAAAAUUAUUAAUUGACACAAUGGCAUCUUAAAUAUAGAAAUAGCAGCAGCAAUUGAGCUAAAGAGAGGUUACUAAUACUAAAUCCAAUUUAAUCAACAAAAAUAGUAACAAUUAUUAGUAAUAGCAAAUGUAAGAAGUGAAAUUUCAGUUUGAUAAGUCUGCCUAUGAACAAACACCUAAGAGUCUAGUCAGAAAUUCUAUCAAUGAAAUACAUGAAUUAGAGAGUCAGAGGCAGCUUAAUGUGUAGAUAAAGCUUGAAAAUCAUGUUGGCUUUGAAGAUCAAAUUUAGAGUAGAGAUAAUAUUCAAAUUAGAAGUAAUUAAAGUAAAGCCAACAUGAAUACUCAACAGUAAUCUUAAAAUUCCUACACCCCAAACAAACUUACUAAGUUUAUAAAUAAUUCAAUUGGGCAAAAAAUCGCUGCUAAAAAUUCCUCAUCUAAAAAGCGAAUGUCAAUACUUGGAUAAGCUUUAACAUAACGCGUAAAUAAGUAAUCUAAUGAUAAAAUCAAUAAAAGCAGGAGCAGUUCACCCUAUAAUACAGCCUUAAAAGACAAGCCCGCGAAAGAAUAAUAAAUUCCAAGGAUAAAUUAAUCUAGAUCAAGGACAAGGAGCAAGGAUAUAGUUGCAAAUUAGCCUCCUCCAAUCUUCCACAAAAGACAAAGUACAUAAACUUCAAGAGGAGAUGAGUAGUUUAGAUAGCAAUUUAUGCAGUAUUUAGAUGUUUUAAAAUAAAAGGUUGCUGAAAUGGAAUUCAAGGUUAGAGAAUCUUAAAAUGAGAAAAAUUUCUACAAGAAUAAGUAUUAAGAGCAAGAAGAAACAAUGAAAAUAUUGAGAUUAAAAGAAACUGAGCAGUCAGUUCAAAUAGCUCAAUUAAAUUAAUUACACACGACAAUCACAGAAAAAAUAUUUAAAAAGAAGAAUCUUUUAAAAUCAAUGCAAGCCACAAUAUGCUCACUAAGUGUGUCUCUGGAACAAUCUAGAAGAGAAGUGAAGAUCUACAAAAAAUUUAAUGCUAAAUAGCAAAUGAAUAACAAAUUUAGCUAAUUUGAUAGUCCUGAUGUCAUUAGGUAAAAUGAGAGUCUAUCUAAAAAUGACUUUUUGAGUAGAGAAUCAUCUGUGUAGAAAAUUAUUGAUGAGCAUGUCUCAUAGAGUAAUAGUCAUUCCACUGGUAAAUAAAACCAAACCGCUUUGAGUAGUACUUAACUAGAUUUCAAAAGCGUCCUAAGAUAAAAGCUUCAAUAACUUAAAAAUAAUUCUGCAAUAAGAGGUUCAAAUGAUGAUAAUGAUUUUUCAGACAAUAAUUUUGACACAGGAUAUGCAAAUAUAGUUGAUUUUGAGGACAUCAAUAGUCAUCCAAAUGAUUUAGAUCACAAUUAGCUUGGUGAGAUAUCAAACAAAGAGCUGUAGGAAUAUUUAGAUGUCGAUGAAAAUGAGGAAUUGAAUCUGAAGAGAGAGAAGUUUAAAUAAUUCAAUGGAGAUAUUGAUAUGUUUAUAAAAUUUUUAGUUAAAAAACUGCACUAGGAGUAAAUUAAUCGUCUAAAAACCGAGGAGUAAAGUGCUCAAGUCAUUGAGCAACUUGGCAAAACGAUAUCUAGACUGGGAUAAAUGAUAAAACUUCAUUGUAAGGUAUAAACAUAUGCAUGGGGGAAGCAAGGUUUGGAUAAUUACGUAGCUAAAGCCUAUCUUAAGUAGGUUCCAUCGAUACCUGAUUUUGCUGAGCUGCUAGAUCAAGCUAAGGAGGAUACUUAUGCAGAACUUUGGAUAGGGGAUCACCCGAAUGGUCCAUCUUAAGUCAUUAUUGACACGCAUGAUGAACAACUUUUGCAUAUUAUAGAUAACGCAGAUUUCAUCAAACAUCAUCAUGGAAAGGAGCUAUCUAUAGACUAGUUAUUCAGGUAAAAUCCUUAGAAAUUCUUGGGCCAAGCAUACCUUGACAAAUUCUAUUAAGGAGCUGAGAAUUCUUAGCUUAACUCGAUUUUUUUACUAAAAACUCUAGCUAUAAGUAAGGCAUUGAGUGUUUAAGCUCAUCCAAACAAGACUCUUGCUCAAAAACUACAUGCAGAAAGACCAGACAUCUAUAAGGACCCAAAUCAUAAACCUGAAAUCGCUAUUUCACUAGGUGGAGAUUAAAAGUUCAUCGCUUACUGUGGAUUUGCCAAUAAAGCAACUAUUGAAGCUAACUUAGCUUAAAACAGAGCUUUGGCAGAAGCACUUGAUUAUAAUAAGGAAUCAUCAGAAGUAUCUUAGGAUCAAAUUAGAAAAUAUGUGAGUUAUCUGUUCUUUGAAUUAGAUAAGAGACCUGACUUCCUUGAAUAAAUCAUCAGAAAGUUAGCUCAAGACAUUAAUGAAUUGAAAGAAGACGAGAGAAGUCUUCAUUAAAAACUAACUUUGACUUUAGUUGAAUAGUAUGGUUACAAAGAUAUUGGAAUCUUGUUUGUUUUCUUUUUGAGUGCUGUCAUAUUGGAGGAAGGAGAAGCAAUCAUUAUGAGACCAGACGAGCCCCAUGCCUAUGUCCAAGGUGAUAUAAUAGAAUGCAUGAUUAAUUCAGACAAUGUUGUUAGAGGUGGACUUACUCCUAAGCUUAAAGAUGUCGAAACAUUAUCCCAGAUGCUAAAAUAUGAUAUUGAUAAAUAAACAGCAAUUAUUAAUCCAAUAUAAAUCAGCCCCAACAUCACUGAGUAUAAAUCUACCUAUGAAGAAUUUAGAGUAUUCAGAAUCAAACUCAACAAUAAUGGUAAGUAAGAGCAAUUGAAGUUUACAAGCUUUACCUUUGCUUUUGUUAUCAAGGGAUUUGGGUCAUGCUCGAUUGAUGAAUAUGGCAAGUUUUAAGUAGAAGAAUUCAAUGCAUAUUACAUUCUACCCUAAAUAGAAUUCACAAUAACUAAUGAAACAGAUGAUGAACUCUUGAUAUUUUUGGCAAAUUGCGAUAUUUGA